CUCUCUCCUCUGCGGUCUUGUGUAGUGAAGAUGUGAAACUACAUUAACUCACAGGUGAACAGCAGAGCGUCAGUCCGCUCUCUCCUCUUCCCCGCCAAACACCGCGGCUGCCGCCAGGCAGACACAAGCUCACGACUCACCACCGACCGGAAUAACCAACCGCCUGACUCCCAAACAACCUUUCCAGUAGAGAAGGGGAAGGAAAUGUAUAAAAUUCUCCAGACUUGAGCUGAAGAUCUGCGGGCUGUUAAGGACGUGCGUAAAGCUGAGCUCCAGAGGAACUCUUAAUAAAUGAGCUGAAGUGUCAAAAGGCUUUCCUUCUCCGGGUUUCCUCUUGCUGGCGUGCCGGAACGAUGCGUGCUUCACUGGACUCAAAAGCGAGCAGCCACUUCGUCGGCUGAUGAAACACUUGGUCAACCCUUUUUCUUCGCUUUACUGCAACCCAGUGAGAAACCCGCAAAACAUCGCUGUAGUGCAUUGCUGAAGGACCCGCGUUUUGACAUAUUGGUUAUGCGCGUCCACUCAUGUGAAAUGCUUCACUUCUGCUCUCAAUUUCCGUUCGACUUUCCUAAAGAGUGGCGGAUGGUUAAAAUGUUUUUCUGUCGAUGUGCAUGAGGGAUGGCGACCAAACAGCACCAAGUGGUUAUCUACACGUUUGCACCUGUCCGGGUGGAUAAUGACAGUUUAUGCCACAGAUGAAUGAGUGUAUGCUCAGUUUCUUUUCACGGCGAGUGCUUUGAAGCUGUUUCCUGACUUUGGCUUUCAAAACGAGCUUGUUGCACAGUAACAAUGGAUCUCAAAGUGGAGACUGAAGAAAUGGACGCAAAUCAACCCCCACCCAUUGAAGUUUUUGCGCACAGCUCGACCCUCCACGGAAUCUCUCACAUUUUCACGUACGAGCGGUUCUGCAUCAAACGCUGCCUGUGGGUCGUGUUUUUCUUGGGCUCCCUGACCUUCUUGCUGUACGUGUGCGUGGACCGGAUCCACUUCUACCUCGAGUACCCUCACGUCACCAAACUGGAUGAGGUCACGACCCCUGUCAUGACGUUUCCCGCGGUCACCUUUUGCAACCUGAACGCGUUCCGCUUCAGCCGCGUGACCCGCAACGACCUGUACCAUGCAGGAGAGCUGCUGGCCCUGCUCAACCAGAGGUAUGAGAUCCGGGACAUACAUCUUGUGGAGGAGAGCGUCCUGGAGAGCCUAAAGGUGAAAGCCGAUUUCCAUAAUUUCAAGCCGCGGCCUUUCAACAUGCGGGAAUUCUACGACCGCACCGGUCACGACAUCAACGACAUGCUGCUCUCCUGCCACUUCCACGGCACCGAGUGCAGAGCGGAGGACUUCAAAGUGGUCUUUACUCGUUAUGGGAAGUGUUACACCUUUAACGCCGGCGAUGAUGGACGCCCUCCUCUCAUCACCACCAAGGGAGGUAUGGGUAAUGGACUUGAGCUCAUGCUGGACAUUCAGCAGGAUGAAUAUCUGCCUGUCUGGGGAGAAACAGAUGAGACAUCAUUUGAAGCUGGGGUCAAAGUUCAGAUCCACAGUCAGGACGAGCCGCCGUUUAUUGACCAGCUCGGGUUUGGAGUGGCACCCGGGUUUCAGACGUUUGUGUCCUGUCAGGAACAGAGGCUGAUAUAUCUUCCUCCACCCUGGGGAGACUGUAAGGUUACAGCAAUGGAUUCAGACUUCUUUGAUAGCUACAGCAUCACAGCCUGUCGCAUUGACUGUGAAACACGCUACCUGGUGGACAACUGCAACUGCCGCAUGGUGCACAUGCCUGGCGAUGCGCCCUACUGCACCCCCGAGCUGUACAAAGAAUGUGCUGACCCAGCUCUUGAUUUCCUGGUGGAGAGAGACAAUGAUUUCUGUGUGUGUGAGACGCCGUGCAACAUGACCAGAUACAGCAAAGAGCUGUCCUUCGUCAAGAUCCCCAGCAAGGCCUCCGCUAAAUAUCUCGCAAAGAAAUACAACAAAUCUGAGCAGUACAUUAAGGAUAAUAUCUUGGUUCUAGACAUCUUUUUUGAAGCUCUCAACUAUGAAACUAUUGAACAGAAGAAGGCUUAUGAAGUGGCUGGACUUUUAGGUGAUAUUGGUGGGCAAAUGGGACUCUUUAUUGGGGCAAGCAUACUCACCAUUCUGGAGCUCUUUGACUACCUUUAUGAGGUGAUAAAGUACAAGCUGUGUCGCUGCUCUGACAGAAAGCACCAGCACAACAACAACAACGACCAGGGGACGGUGCUGAGCUUAGAUGAUGUGAAGUGUCACGUCAGUAACUUCCACUAGGUUUCUGCAGCCGUGAGGAGGGAGCCGCUGCACUCUCUAGUCUCUGAGUGGUGUUCGUGGACACUGCGGUUUUUCAGACUGCAGGAACGAAAGUAUCUGUGAACUGGGCCUGGUUAAGGUUUCUGAGCAAAGAGGUGAUUCCAGCAAGUAGCUGAAGUCAAGAGAAGCCACGCAGAGAACAGGACAGCAGAAACAAGUGAUCAUCAUGUGAUGAAUUCAAAAAUGUCAGAAUAACUGCAUGGUCAUCUGUAAAACAGCGUUUCAAGACAUAGUAACAGAUACAGUAAGUGGAGGCAUGAACUAAGCUAAGGAUCUUCAGUAAAUCAGCAUUAGUAAUUCGAGAUGUGUGGUGGUGUUUGUCAUCUGUCAGUUUUAUAUUUAUAUAUAUAUAUAUAUAUAUAUAUAUUUUUGUGGGGAAAUGAAUUAAUGUGACAUGCUAAUUUUGACAUUUAGGAAAUAUUCUUUUAGAAAUUUGGUCAUCAGUGCUAAA